GGCUCGCGGAGAGUCCCGGGAGCUGUUCUCGCGAGAGGAGAGAGGCUCCUGUUCGCUGGCUCGAGGACUGUGACCACUGGAGCUUGAUCGGGCGCUGCAAGGGGAGCCCCGAGUCCGAGCUGCACAGCCCGGAGUCGGCCUGGCCGGGGGAGAGGGUGCACGGGAGACGUGCGCGGGCGCAGCCCUGAGCCCCGCAGCGAGCGCCUUGCCCUUGGCUGCAGCUGACAGGGGCCGUGGGCGCGCGCGCGGUGGUCCGUGAGGGUCUCAGCCGCCGGCACCUGCGCAGCGACCGGCGCCAGGUCGUUCCUCCCACGCCCCGCUGGGGCGGGCGACGAGGACCGGGGAGCGGGUGUGGGUGCAGGCACGCACGCACACGCGCGCGCGGGGUGAGGGAGCACACCUCAGGGCCACCUCGUCGCCCCGCGGCCGUCGCUGGAAAAUGUCUCAGGAGAGGCCCACGUUCUACCGGCAGGAGCUCAACAAGACCAUCUGGGAGGUGCCCGAGCGCUACCAGAACCUGUCCCCUGUGGGCUCUGGCGCCUAUGGCUCGGUGUGUGCUGCUUUCGACACAAAAAUCGGGUUGCGUGUGGCGGUGAAGAAGCUCUCCCGGCCGUUUCAGUCCAUCAUCCACGCCAAAAGGACCUACAGGGAGGUGCGGCUGCUCAAACACAUGAAACAUGAGAAUGUGAUUGGUCUUUUGGAUGUUUUCACACCUGCAAGGUCUCUGGAGGAGUUCAACGACGUGUACCUGGUGACCCAUCUUAUGGGGGCAGAUCUGAACAACAUUGUAAAAUGCCAGAAGCUCACAGAUGAUCACGUCCAGUUCCUUAUCUACCAGAUUCUCCGAGGCCUGAAGUAUAUACACUCAGCAGACAUUAUUCACAGGGACCUAAAGCCCAGUAACCUCGCUGUGAACGAAGACUGUGAGCUGAAGAUCCUGGAUUUUGGAUUGGCUAGACAUACUGAUGAUGAAAUGACAGGCUAUGUUGCCACCAGGUGGUAUCGGGCUCCUGAGAUCAUACUGAACUGGAUGCACUACAACCAGACAGUUGACAUUUGGUCGGUCGGAUGCAUCAUGGCUGAGCUGCUGACGGGAAGAACAUUGUUUCCAGGAACAGACCAUAUUGAUCAGUUGAAGCUCAUUUUAAGACUCGUUGGAACCCCAGGGGCAGAGGUUUUGAAGAAAAUCUCCUCAGAGUCUGCAAGAAACUACAUUCAGUCUUUGAACCAGAUGCCAAAGAUGAACUUUGCAAACGUAUUUCUUGGUGCCAAUCCCCUGGCCGUUGACCUGCUGGAGAAGAUGCUGGUUUUGGACUCAGAUAAGAGAAUCACUGCAGCCCAAGCCCUCGCUCAUGACUACUUUGCUCAGUACCACGAUCCUGACGACGAACCAGUGGCCGACCCUUAUGAUCAGUCUUUUGAAAGCAGAGACCUCCUCAUCGAUGAAUGGAAAAGCCUGACAUACAAUGAAGUCAUCAGCUUCUCCCCACCUCACCCCCCACGCCCAGCGGGCAGUGUGGCCGUCCCUGUGCCCACCCCUUCCUCUCAGUGCAGAAGUCUCCUGAGUGCCAACCCAGGCGGAGAAGCAUCUCCUCGUUCUCCACGUGCUUCCGGAGCACCCUUUGUCCCUUGCACAGUGCGUUCUGCACGUCUGGCUAGCUGAGCAUGCGCAGCCACCUGUCCUGUCCUCGAGUGGCCUUCGUGCCAGGCAAGGUCACCAGUGGAGACUUCUGGGGGCGCUCUGCCGACAUGAUGGGCGGGUGGCAGCCUCCUCCUCUGCGGCCCUAGUGCUGUCUUGUGCUCCAGGUGCUGUUGGUGGGGAAGCUAUGACAAAAUGGAGCCUUUGGGUGGGCAGCCGUCUCAUUUUUGCCAUCUGAUUUACAGCAGAUGGUUUCUGAAGGACGGGGGAGCCAACACAGGAGAUCUGGGCUCUUCCCAGGAGGUUCCCAAACUCUGGAAUGCCAGUCAUUGUCUUCACUUCCAAUCAUCAAUUCUAGGAAAUGCUGAAAAUCAAAAAGAUAAAAGCCAGCAACUGCUUUUGCUGUCUCUCCAAUGUGAUUCUCAGAAAAGUAUUGGCGAGGUACCUUUCCAAGCCCGGGCAGCAAAGGCUUUCCUUGGCAGCUUGAUAUCCAAUCGGCUUCUCGGAUCGGGGUGGGAAGAAACCCGUCUUCAGAAAUUUUAUACAUUGUGGGAAUCCUUUUGAGAAUGUGAUUCCUUUUGAUGGGGAGAAAGGGCAAAUUAUUUUGAUAAUCUUGUAUUUUCAACUUUGUAAAGAAGACAUAUCCUCAGGGGUGGAAGAAAAGUUGUUUUCAUAAUUUUCUCAAAUUUCAGGCCUUUUUUUGUUUUAUUUUGUUUUGCUCCGUGAGGAGCUCAUGUGUUUAAGCUUUUUGUAUAACAAGAAAAGUGUAGCACCCCUUCCAGUGUUGGCUGUUUGACAAAUCCCUGGAUUCGGGUCAAGGAGUCUGCAUUUCUGUGUGAAUACAGAGGGAUACCCCCAGGUCAGACUGGAGCGGGCAGGAAGAGGCGGGCUGCUGUUAUACCCCGCUCCCCAGCCCCCUUGCUAAAAGACAAAGUAACCGGAAAGGCUUCACCUCCUCUCCAUGCAGUUCCGACCCUCACCAUCCACAGCACGACGACUUGCGUCUGUCGGCCGUAGCCGGUUACAGUGUGAUUUGCUUACAGAAGUAUCGCUCUGAGUAUUUUUUCCUGAGUGUCUUGUGCCUGCGUGACCACACCCGUGUUAGGAGGAGGCCACAUGCUUCCCUGGCCCAGACUCGAAGCUUGGAGCCCGUGGAAGAGCUCUCACUUCAAGCAUAGUUCUCCCAUCUCCCGAUUUCUCAGAACAGAAAGCGGACAGCAAGGGCAACGGCUCUUUGUAUUCAUGAACUGGCUGAGAGCAGUGAUGUCAGGUAGGAUUUAAGAGAACACCACUGGUUCAAAUAAAGCCUGUUUUUCAAAUUCA